UGAGAGUUCACGCUUUCGGCCUGUUGUUUUGAAUUUUUUUUUUGCCCACGUUGUGACGUUUGAAAAUAACGUUUAAAAGAACUGAUUACUUGUUAUUGUUUGCGUGUUGCACGUGGCUGCGAACUGGAUGUUUAAAACAAGUUUCUAUUUUGAUAAUGAAGAUUCAAGUGGACUUUAUCGUGUUGUCUGGCUUCGUUUAGCAUGUACUGAACGGAAAACAGAACCCCCUCCUUGAAAAAAGAAGAAGAACCCGAUUAUUUUUUCCGGUUUUCGUUUGAAUUUAGUUUUUGUUUUGUGUGGCUACACGGAAGCCAGAUAUCAGCAACAGGAAGAGGAGAGCGCAUUCGAGUUCAACUACUUGUGGUGGGCGGAAGUAAUCUGCUAAAAUGUACGGUCUUUUGCUGGAGAGUCUUGCUUGCUACAUCAAAGAGAAUUAUGGUGAUGAAAAAUGGGAGGAAAUUCGAAGAGCAGCGGCUAUCGAACACAUCUCUUUUUCUACUCAUCAAAUCUAUCCAGAGAACUUGAUUCCGAAAUUGUCGGCAAAAGCCAUUGAGUUGCUGCAAGUUCCCGAACAUCAAUUCAUGGCUCACAUGGGCGAAUACUUUGUGGACUUUGUCGGUCAAUACGGGUACGAUCGGGUCUUAUCCGUCCUAGGCCGACAUAUGCGUGAUUUCCUCAACGGAUUAGAUAAUUUGCACGAGUAUUUAAAGUUUUCCUAUCCACGGAUGAGGGCGCCUUCUUUCUUUUGUGAAAAUGAAACCAGCACCGGAUUAACGCUUCACUACCGGUCAAAGAGACGUGGUUUCGUGCACUACACGAUGGGGCAAAUUAAACAGGUUGGCAAAGAAAUCUACAAAUUGGAUGACGUGGAUAUCACCAUCGUCAAGGAAGAGAUGCUCUUUGAUAUGCACGUGGUGACAUUCAAUCUCAAGUUUGAUAAUCGAGCGUUUUCGGCACUAACUGCGUUGGAUCGCGAGGAUCAAUGCCUGCCGCUGAAAGCAUCCAUCUUUAUCGACAUCUUUCCGUUCUGCAUUCUCUUCGGAUCUGACAUGAUCAUUAAAAACAUUGGGAAUUCGCUAGCUCACAUUCUUCCUGAAUUAAUUGGCCAAGACAUUUCCGAAGUCUUUGAUCUAACGCGCCCCCUGAUCGAAUUCAAAUUCACAUCGAUAUUGAAACGAACCAACAACAUUUUCGAGCUGGUCUCGCAGCGAUCGUUGGUAACUGGUGGGACCGAAAUCACAGAUGAAAAUGAAGACCAUUCUAGAAAGAUUCAUUUGAAAGGACAAAUGCUCUACAUGGAGGAGUGGAGGAUGAUCGUCUUUCUGGGUACGCCACAGAUGAACGAUCUCGACGCCAUGAUUAGAGUUGGUCUGUACAUCAACGACCUAUCCAUGCAUGACUUUUCCAGAGAUCUGAUGAUGGCCGGGACGCAGCAGUCGGUGGAACUCAAGUUGGCACUCGACCAAGAACAGCAGAAAUCAAAGAAGUUGGAAGAAUCAAUGAAAAAGCUCGACGAGGAGAUGAAGCGAACCGACGAGCUGCUCUAUCAGAUGAUACCCAAACUGGUGGCUGAUCGGCUCCGGAAAGGCGAGAAUCCAGUCGAUACGUGUCAGGUUUUUGAAUGUGUGACGAUCCUUUUCAGCGACGUUGUGACAUUUACGGAGAUCUGCAGCCGCAUCAGCCCCAUGGAAGUUGUCUCAAUGCUCAACUCAAUGUACUCCAUCUUUGAUCGUCUCACCGAGCUCAACGGCGUAUACAAGGUGGAGACGAUUGGUGAUGCCUACAUGGCAGUGGGUGGCGCACCCGUCAAAGACGCCCUUCACGCCGAACGAACGUGUGACAUGGCUAUGGAUAUGGUGGAUGCUAUACAGGACCUAACUGAUCCGUCUACAGGACAACAUUUAAGGAUUCGAGUAGGCAUUCAUUCUGGCGCUGUAGUGGCGGGCGUCGUGGGACUCAAAAUGCCGCGUUACUGUCUCUUCGGCGACUCUGUCAAUACGGCGUCGAGAAUGGAGUCGACGAGCGAGCCGAUGAAAAUCCACAUUUCGCAGACCACCCACGAACUUCUCAGCCCCGACUAUUCAACCGCCGAUCGAGGCGAGAUUGUCGUCAAGGGCAAAGGUCAGAUGAAAACUUACUGGCUGAACGGGAAGAAAGGACGAUGCGCUUCUGACCGAACAGGUAGAAUCUCCGCUGUUCCGGAAGAGUUGCAGGCGGAAGGCAGACCGGGAUCGGUGGCUAAUCGAAGAUACAGCCCGGUUACCAUGGACGAUGUCACCAUGGCUCGCAAAGGUGCGAUCAGCGUGAGCAAUCGUAGCAGUCCAGUUAGAUUGGCCGCAUCAGGUGGAUCUUUACGUGAGCCAUCACUUCAGAGCCGACGCAGCAUCAAAGAAAUGGAGAAGGCGUUACAGACGCCGUUAAAAUCAACUGUCGCAGGCAAGAGCAAGUUAUAUGACGAUGUGAUCCGAAACAUCACUUCAUCAGCCAGCAGUCAUCUGGCGAUUUCUGCAACUCCGUCUCCUUCGUUGCAAUCGACAAAGCCAUCGCCGCAAAAGUUUGAUUUGAAGUUCAUCUGUCCUCAUGCAACCAAAGCUCUCGGAGGAAAGAAAUCGCCCAUCACGGAAAUAAACAGCCCCACGACGCCUCCAACACCCACAAUCUCUUCAUUGGCGCCUCAUUCCAAAAUUAACAACGCUCUACCAGAUAUUACUGUCAGUCAUAAUGGCAUUAAUAAAGACUCGCCAGCUGGUCUCCUCAAUCCCGAAGUUCGGUCCGAUGGUUUUACGGGCUUACCAUUCAGUUUCCCGAGCGAUGGGAUACUUGAGAAGACGCACGAUGGAAGUACAGCAGCGGCGGCUGCAGCAGCCGUUUCAGCCGCCGCUACUGCCAUGGCGUCCGGCCUAGGCAACGAGUUUUGCUGCCCGAAUUUCGUCGUUCGGCCACCGCGGCUCACCGUAACCAUGACUUCUGCUGAUGGGGAUCCUAGGAGUGCCACGUGUGCUCUGCUGUGAAUUCUAUAAAUAUAAUUCAAUAGAAAACAACAACAAAAGACGGAAAGUUGUCACGGGAAAUUAGAGAUACAAACAAGUCACUCCAAUCAACGGAAGCAAAGAAGGAAAGAAAAAGAAGGUACACUCACUCGGCAUCCAGUCCACGAACGCUUAUUGAUUCCUUGACGUCUACAACAACACAUUCCAUCAUUCUGUCGACCCCCCUCACAACUACCGAACGUCAAGCUAGAAAGGCUGUCCCAACACUGAAAGAUUGAGCUAUUUUCAGUAAUGCCGUUGUUCCUUGGAUUUGAUGGAGUCAUCAACAUGUUGUCGGUUCUAACGGCUAUCCCAUCCUAUUAAAUUUGCUCUCUCUCCCUAUCCACCGAAAAAGAAAAGAAAAACGAGAGAAAGAAGAAAAUCAAGCGAACAACCUUCCUAGACAUUUUGUAGGUUGAGAUUCAAAGAGAUUGACUAUCUAAUUGUAUGAUCUUUGUUGUGUAAAGCGUUUCCUCUUGCUGUUUUGGUUCACUUUGCUUUCUAGUCGAUUAUGUAACGUAUCUAUACGACGAGGAUAUCAUAUCAUGUUGCUGCGCGUUUUUCAAAUUGUUUUAUACGAACGACGAAAACGAAGAAGCCCGACUGAGGAGCAGACGAAUGCUUUCACCGGUUUGUCUAUCUAUAUUUAUUUAUACAUAUAUAUGAAAUGGUUUUUCUUUUUCCGUAUCGAAAUAGGAAAUGAUCGUAAACCUAUAUUUAGCUUUGUUCGAGAAUCAAGACAUUCUGGAGUGGUACAUUCACCGUGCACAACCACUACCAUAUUGUCAUCGCGCCAACCUAGUCAAGUUGUAUACCCUCGCUCUUCCUGCCCUUCCACGCAGAUCAAUACAAUCAAUGACGUUCACAAGGA